GUCGCCAGUGCUGCAGGGCACGUGCACGAUGCCACUGUCUUCCGUUGCCGCGGUUAUUUAGCACCCGUCCUGCCAUUCUCGAUCUUAUCAGCACCAGGACGUCGCGGUUACGACGACGACGACGUCGACGAGUUCCCUAAAAAAACGUCAACAACGAUACUAUCGCCGUCAGUCGUUCGCGAACUCCUCGUCGCCGCGAAAGUUAAUGUGGUGAAACCCCAACGAAAAUGUACUCUUUAAGGCACGGUGUUAAUUUGGCUCGAAGGGCGUGUUGGACCCUUAUUUUUAUAAUAGGGACAUUUUCGUUCCUGCUACAUACAGCCGGGGCGAAACCCUCUGCAGUUGCGGAAGAAACUUUUAUGUACCCCAGACCGGACCUCGAACCGAUUCCAGAUGACUAUCAUCGUCCCUAUGAAGGGAUGGAGUUUGGUCCAAUGGGGCCGCCUCAAAACAAACCGGGGGAUGUUGCUUCAUUGAAAACCGAAGCGAAUCCUAGAACAUCCAGGGAUUCGCCUUCUUCAUCAACAACUGACUCAACCGAUAGCCCUGAUGUUAGUUCCGAGGGUCCUGAAAUUAAGAACCCGACUCGGUAUCCGGUGUUUUCCGUCUCUUUUCAUCGGGUAGAGACACCCUUCAUUAUUGGAUUAUGGAUAUUUUGUGCUAGCAUAGCCAAAAUUGGUUUUCAUAUGGCACCGAGAUUAAACGAAAUUUUUCCUGAAUCAUGUUUAUUAAUCGUCGUGGGAGUAGUAAUUGGAGUUGUUUUGGUACAUCUAACCGAUUCAGUUCAUAUGUCACCAUUAACCCCGGAAACAUUCUUCUUCUACAUGUUACCACCGAUAAUCUUAGACGCCGGAUACUUCAUGCCCAAUAGAUUAUUCUUUGAUCAUUUAGGAACGAUCUUAUUGUUUGCUGUAAUUGGAACCAUCUUCAAUACAUUAACAAUCGGCACAUCACUUUGGGCUGUUGGUUGUACAGGACUUUACGCCACCACACACGAAAUAACUCUUUUAGAUAUGUUACUCUUCAGUUCGUUGAUAUCGGCAGUCGAUCCAGUUGCUGUAUUAGCCGUAUUUGAGGAGAUUCAAGUAAACGAAAUUUUGUAUAUAGUCGUUUUUGGGGAAUCACUUUUAAACGAUGCGGUUACCGUUGUACUUUACCAUAUGUUUGAGAGUUAUAGCGAGAUGGGGCUUAAAAAUAUUUUAUAUACAGACCUUUUGGCUGGAUUUGCCAACUUUUUUGUUGUUGCAUUCGGCGGUACCGUUAUCGGUAUUAUUUGGGGAUUUGCUACCGGGUUUGUAACACGAUUCACCAAUGAAGUACGUGUUAUCGAACCAAUUUUUAUAUUCGUUAUGGCAUAUUUGGCCUAUUUGAACGCUGAAAUAUUUCACAUGUCUGGAAUAUUAGCGAUUACGUUCUGUGGUAUUACAAUGAAAAAUUACGUCGAAGCAAAUAUUUCGCAUAAAUCGCACACUACAAUAAAGUAUGCAAUGAAAAUGUUAAGCAGUUCAUCUGAGACUAUUAUCUUUAUGUUUUUGGGCGUAGCUACUGUAAAUAAAGAGCACGACUGGAACACUUGGUUUGUCAUAUUGACAAUUAUAUUUUGUUCGAUUUAUAGAACUUUAGGUGUAAUUCUUUUAACGGCUUUAGCAAACCGAUUUCGUUUGCAUCAAUUAAAUAAAGUCGAAAAGUUUGUGAUGUCUUAUGGUGGUCUUCGAGGAGCGGUUGCGUUCGCUUUAGUUCUUUUAAUAAAACCAAAUAUAGUUAAACUCCAACCUAUGUUCAUGACCACAACGAUAGCUGUGGUAUAUUUCACCGUUUUCUUUCAAGGAAUUACGAUAAAACCUUUGGUAAAAUUACUAAAUGUUAAAACCGCCGAAAAAAGAAAACCAACGAUGAAUGAAAGGAUACACGAAAGGUUAAUGGAUCAUACAAUGGCUGCGGUUGAGGAUAUCUUGGGGCAACAUGGAAAUUACCACGUGCGAGAUCGAUUUAAAAGAUUCGACAAUAAAUUUAUACGGCCAUACUUAUUGAGGAAUUACCAAGGUCACGAACCGAAAAUUCUCGAGACUUAUUCAAAAUUAGCGAUGAAAGAUGCGAUGGAAUACAUGCGAAGAAACGCUUCAACAAUCGGAAAUAUUUCAGGAACUGAGAGUAUGUCGGCGAUCUUCAAAAACUACACUUCGGGUAACCUGAACGGCAGGUGCGCCCAAAAGAUAAUCACCUGUACCAGUUUCAGCCAACUCGACUCGAGCACUUGGAACAUCGACAUGCAAGAAUUGGAAUAUAAUCCAUCGAAAAAAGAUCUUACAGAUGCUAAAAUACAUCAUUUAUUAGCGGAGGAAUUGUGUAAACCUUAUAAAAGGGUAACUAAAAGGUUAUUAUCUUUCAAGUUUACUCUUAAUCAUUAUUUUAACUUUAAGCAUCGACGACUUAGUUAUAGUAGACACGCUGUAAACGAUAGAGAUUUAUCAACCCAAGUCAAUUACAAGAUGCACUUCAAUACAAGAAGGAUGGUUAAUGAUAAGAAACAUCAUCAUAAAAGACAUAGUAAAAAAUUGCAUAAGGAUGGGAAACAAAACCACGUUAGUUUUCCAGAGUUUCAACAAAACGGCUCGGCCAAACAAUUUACGCAUGAUUACAUAAACGAAGUCUUGCACGAAGAUGAUACAGAGCCAAAAUCGAGUAAAGAAGAAUGGGAUAGUCCCAUUACGUUUACAGCAAAGUCUUCGCCCAGCGAAGAAGCACCCGCGAGCAGCGGCACCGAAGGUGGUGGUAGCAUUUCGAGUCAACAGAAUCCGUCCAACGAGGCAAAGAGGCCCCGAAGGCCUUUGCCAUUUGAUGGCUUCUUACCCUGGCGCAGGGAAAGAGGCGUUUUUGGUGCGCACUACGUUCUUAGUAACGUUACAGAUGACAGUCUUUUCUCAGACAGUGGUAGGCGACUGUCGAAAGCUUCAAUCGAUGGCGUUGAUUUGAUGCGCGUCACAACGCCUACAGCCACUGAAAGCGUUUUACCAUGGAAACGCGAUGAUGAAACUGAAAGCUCUGCACCUUUACAGCAAUCGGAAUUUCCCGCUUGGGCAUCAAAUAAGGAAUAUUUAGCUUAUAACUCACCAUCAGCAACUUUUCUAGGUGGUUUGGAUUACCCACGUUCUUCAGUAAUCGGUCUCUUUAGAAGAGAAAGUACGGGUUCAGGUCAAAUAAGCAGUGCAGAAUCAUCUCCUCAAAAAGAACGAAGAGGAUCCGCAGGUCCAAACGCUAUUCUACUAAUUGAAGAUGGUGUAACGGGCGAUCCAUUGGGAGUACUUCAAAAGACGUCAAUGGGGCCAACCACUUUAGGGACGACACCUUUAGGGCCAACAUCGAUGGGAACGCCGACGUUGACGCAAUUACCGGCGGCGCCUCAAACUCCCGGACAAAGAAGACAAGCCCGUAGAGGCUCCAUGCUGGAGCUUAGCGGAUCAAUUACACAUGAUACGAUCCCCGAAGAGGGUGGCUCUUCAGCCAACAACAACAAUCGGAGACCAUCUUGGUUCUUAUCGAGGGAUUCGCCAAAAGUAAUGGUAAGAAGACAACCGACUUUUGGGGAGACCCGUUUGGUUUCGUCAUCAACAUCUACCUCCGAUUCUUCGUCAACGAGCGACGACGAAGAAAUUGCCGCAGGGGAACGUUUAAUGAAACCGGGCCUCUAAAAAGUACUACCCCUAAAUUUAAGAUAAACAAAUAAAAUAGGUUAAAAUUUGAUAAUAACGAUGUUGUAAGAAGGAUAAAGAAAUCAACAAGCAGUUUGAAUUGGGAAUUUGUGAUGAUUUUCUUGAUAACUUUGGUAUUAUGUGAUCAUUCCUCGUAAAAUAAGGAAGAUUGUUGCAAAUUUUUGAUUGAAAUGAGGGGAUUCGAAUUGCUUUAUUUGAUGGACGGUGAAACUGUGGCGUAUUAAAAUUGUUUAAGAUACUUAAAAAUGUUUACUAAAAUAGUUUUUAAGGUUUUUUGGCAUUUCGAAUUCCUAAAAAUCAAAGCCACCCUAAUUCCUAGCCAGCAAAACUGCUUUGUCCAUCACACACGCCCCAAUUUUAAUAACAUCUCAAUAGGUACUGUAAUUACAACUACAUUGUAUUACAACUUUAGCGAUUAAGUAUUUAUUAUUAUUACUCCAUUUGGAUUAUGACUUAAUUAUCAUCACUGAUAACAGAAUAUAUUUUCUUAAUUUUUAUAUAGACGAAAAGAAUUGUAAAACUUGUAGAUCUAGUACUAAUAGGGACUUGUAUACCUAAUAAUUAAGGAAAAGCACUGUUUGUUUUUUUUUUUAAUUUGAUUUUUUCAAUAUCAAAAUUAAUUUUUAAUAAGUUUUAAUCCAGGAAAUCUCUGUCAUUGGAAAUCGUACCGAAUUAUUCUUCUAAUUUACAUGAAAUCUAUCACAAUUUUAAUGCAAUAUUAACACAGAACUCGUUUUUUGAACAAAUCUGUACAUUACUUAGGCAAUACUGUUUAUUAAACAAGAUCGUCCAUAACUAUUUAGUAAAUUGUGACAUCACGAGCUUUAGUAUUUUAGUCCACAACGAUUUCCUAGUAACAAAGAAAAGUAGAUCUUAUAAAACUGUUUUAGGUUAAUACGUAGACUGUAGAAACUUAUGUAGACUGAACAAGGACGCCAGAAUGAUCAAAUGUAUCAAAUUAAAUUAAUUUGCGCCUAUUUUAGUUUCAUAGUUAAUAGGGGCGCAAUAAAUUAAUUUUCUCUUUUUAAUUAAAAUCUCCUUAAAAAAGUUUGAUUGGAAACGAAUUUAUCAAAAAAAAAAUGAAAAUAGACAAGGGAUCUGUGUACUUUGCCUUAAGGUAUUGAAUGAAAAUCACCUAACUAUUAUAAAAUUAAUGGUGCCUCAUAUAAAAAAAAUAAAUUGAUCUACUAAAGUAGUGUUCGCCUAACUUAAGCAAUUAAGAAAUUAAAAAAAAACAAUUAUAGUAUAGGUAAAGGUAAAUAAUUCUAAUAAAAUAUAAGUUUGUGUGCUCCGCUGCCUAAAAAACCAUUCUUAAAGUUCUUAAAAUAAGAAAAGAUGCAAAAAUAUCGGAGUUUCGUGCAUUUCACCCACAUAACAUUCAUUAGGGAAUUUAUUGGUGUGUCGAAGAUGCAGGCAGCUAAAAGGAAAUUAUUAAAUGUAAUUAAAGUGGAAUCUUUUGUAAAGGAGCCUAACAAAAAUGUUUAAAAGCAGGUACAUUUGUAAGUCUUCACGUGUGUACAUCGCGAUUUGUGCGGUAGUUUUUGUAACAGUCUGACAAUACGUAUUAUACACAUUGAAAUUUCAUAUACAAAUCAAAUUUUUCUUUUUCGUUUCAUUUCUGUGAUUGUAAUGGCAUUUCAUCGGCAGAUUUGCGAAACUUGUUGAAAUAAAAUAUAAUGAAAAAUUA